ACCUUGUUCAAUCGACAAAUCUUUUAAAUGAUAAAACAAAUAUAAAUUUAUUCCUAUACUUCGUAACGUGGUUUUGACACUGCUGUCUGUCAUAAAUGUCCGUGUCAUAAAUUCCAGAAGUUGAAGAUGGCCCUAACAGUAUCCCAAAAACUAAAUCCGCUCCUGAAUUCAAUAUCCGCCACCCAGUAGCUGAUACAGCCCUUACAUCUGUCAGUUAAUUAGUACAUGGCAGUUCUGUUUACUUCUGCUAACUUCUCGUUGAACAGAGUAUAGUAAAUGACAACUCUUAUCAUUCGUACACGUCAAAAGUUUAAAAAUUAAUUGCAUUUAUCAUGGGAAAUCUGUGCCUAUCUUGUUGCAAAGAAUCAUCUUCGUGCGAGGAUUUAACACCAGAUUUGGAAACUAGGAGAAGGAAGCAAAUGGAAGCUGCAGAAAGAAGAAUUGCUGAACAACAAAAUCGAGGUAUUAAAAAUACUGAUGCUGUUAGAAGGCAAGAAAGGCUAGAUCAAUUACGUGAGAAGCGCCAAGAAGAAGUUGGGAAUAGGAAUAUGCAAAAUAAUUUAAAGUGGCAAAUUAGUUAAUGGUGAUCCUGGAUGGAAUUUGCUGCAAUAUUCAAAUUUUCAAAAAUAUACAAGUUGGAAUUAUUAAGAAUAUAUGCAAUGUACAAAAGGUGUAUUUUAUAUGGUACUGUUUAUUGAUAGAAAUUAAAGAAAGUAAUGUUGCAGAUCUGCAUUUUGCAAAAUAUAAAUAUUUAAAGAUAUAUACAUUUGCAUAUAUAGACGUAUAUCUGUUUUCAUAGGUUAUGUUUUUCAUAGUGCCUUAAAUAUUUAUAUUAAUUAUACCAAUAUUUUCUAUGAUAUAUAAUUAAAAAUUUAAUUGUAAUACGUGACUAAGCAUGUCACUAAAAUAUAUGCUAUAUUAUGAAUAAUUAUUAUUACAUAUAUUUCAAUAUCACAAACGUCUAAUGUUUCAAUAAUCUAAUUAAUGUUUUACAAAACAAUAUAUCAACUAUAUGUAUAUAAGAUUAUCAUAACCAAAUUCUUUAUAUUUUGUUGUUAUUGUUAGAUAUACUUUUAUUAAGAUUGUAUAAUAUUCAGCAUACACUAGAAUAUAUUAUUUAUUCAUGUGGCAUAUUUAAUAAGAAAAUUAAAAAUGAAAGUCACUUUCUUAUAAAAUUUCAUUUAAUAAUAAUAAUACAUAUAUGUAGUUGUGUAAAAAAUACAAGGCUAAUGAUACAUAUAAAACUAAUUUAUAUUUAUUUUCUAUAAUGUGAUAGAUACAUUGAAAAUGAUGUACAGUGUAAGCUGGCUAUAGUGUUAGUAAUCAUGAUAAUACUUGUCAUUAAAUGUAAAUGUACGUUUAUGUAUAAAUAAGUUUGUUAACAGCAAAAGUAAAAAAAUACAUGUUUAAAUGAAGAAUA